AGGAAGCCCACCGAAUUUGAAGCGCAAGCUAACUGUCAGUUCCGUCCAUUUAUCACAAUAUACCACACAAUAUGAAGAAGAUAUGUGUUUUUAUACCCGUUUUAAUGCUACUAUGCUGGCAAAGUGCUGAGGGAAACAGAGGAUAUUCAUACGCAGAUUGCACCUAUGUAAAAGGAGACAGUGCCCACACAUAUUCUGGGAGCCGAUGCUUCUGUUACAGCUCUGUAAUCAAAUGGAAAGACAUGUGGUCCACCUUCAAGGUGAACGUGACGAGUUAUGAGGAUGUCUUCAUCAUGUCCCCGAUGGAGAACACUAAUUGCCACCAUCCAGAUGAUCUUCUCACAGUUACUAAAUGCUUUGUUGAACAUUACUGGCCAUCCACUAUCCUAAGAGAGAAGGCUUUGGACAUUCCUCUGGUUGAUGAAAAUGUCUGCUUCAUGACCAAAUCACUUAGAAGCAGCACUGAAUACACACUACAUGUCUCAAACAAAAGGUUAAAUAGAAUGUGCUUCUUGCUCUUUUUCUUUGGGCUGGCACUUUUUUUGGGAGCAGGAAACAUAUGCAGGAGCUCACUGUUUUUCUACAUCACUGGAGUAACAUUGGGGGUCAUCGCCACAUUUGUCUUUCUAAUACUUGUCCUAAGAAACUUCAUACCAAAGCGAGGGCUGUUCCUAGUGUUGUUGGGCUCUGGCUCCAAUUUAUCCUACAUUGGGAUUCAGAGGGUGUUAAAUGAAUGGGACAACAUCGUGACUGAGCACUGGAUAGAAUUGCUUGUUUAUGUGCUGAUAUCGGGCUCAUUUAGCUUCAUAGUAUGCUACAAGCAUGGCCCCAUCACCAACAACCACACCCUGAACUUGAUGACCUGGUGCAUGCAAGCAGUAGGCAUGGUGUUGCUUUACUAUGGGAUUACAUUAACCCCUGCCUACUAUAUACUGCUCGCUUGCCUGUUAUGCUGGAAGAUCAUGCCCUUGGUCCUGAGCCUUUUAAAGGUGAUAUGCAGUCUUGCCUACUCUAUACUGGGACUGUUCCAGUGGAAGAAAUGCCCAAAGACUAGACUGCUGACCGAAGAGGAAUACAGGGAGCAGGGAGAGAUCCACACUAAAGCCUCACUGGAUGAACUGAGGGAGCACUGCAGUAAGCCUGGCUUUCCUGCAUGGGAGACAGUGUUGAGGAUCAGAGCACCGCAAAAAUUUGCCAAAUUUCUGCACAGUGGCUCCCAUAUCACACAAAAGGAGCUUCAGAGUCAUGAGAAUCAGUAUGGGCCUGGUGGGACUUACUAUGAGAACAUGCUGUUUAACAACAGCUCCAGUGGAGGACUGUCUGAGAGAGAAGAGGACGACGACAGUGAGGACGAGCUACACAGAACCAGUCCUCCAACCCCAAACAACCUUCCCAGUCCCCCUGAAUACAUUGCCCCUGUCUGCCCCUACCCCACAGCCACCUACACUGCUCAGCCAGAACCCAUGGAUCCAGAAGACCAGGAUUUCUUUUGAAUCUGACUCAAGGAUGAGUGAUUUUAUGGUUUUUAAAAAAACUCUUUGAAUGGAACAAUGUCAUUAGGAAAGCAUGACUCUUAGGAACAUUGUAGAUCCAUAAGAAUGAUAAAAAUGGUCUCUCGCUCUCUUGUUAACUUAAAUUAUCUCUUUGAAACAAUGUGGGCUGUUUUGUGAAAGUGGACCUGAAUUUGUAGUUCACCCAAACAUGAAAAUUCUGUUAUUGUUUACUCACCUCAUGUAAACCCGUUCCAAACCCGUAUGUCUUUCUUCUGUGAAACACAAGGUAGAUGUUAGACAGUAUGUUACCUUUCACCUUUCAUCUUCUUUACAUGCAAUGAAAGUGAAUGGUGACUGAGGCUAACAUUCUGCCUUACAUCUCCUUUUGUGUCCCAUGGAAGUAAGUUAUGGGAUUGGAACAACAUGAGGGUGAGUAAAUGAUGACAACAUUUUCAUUUAUAAACUAUCCCUUUAAGUGAUGUUGGGUACACCACUGAUCUGUACAUACUGAAUGUAAAUAGUGUUUCUGAAUAGAUUGUGGUGUGCUGCUCUUAGGUAUUCAAAAUAUUCAGGACUGAUAUUUUUUUUCUCAAGCAUCUUAUACAAUGACUUAGUUUGUAAUUUAAGGAAAUACUGGCCUCUAGUGUCAGUUAAAGGAAUAGUUCACCCACAAAUAACAAUUCUGUCAUCAUUUACUCAGUUUAAUCGUGGUCGAAACCCUUAUGACUUUCUCUUCUCUAUGGGACACAAAAAAGAAAAGGUUUUUGUUGCUGCAUGUUUCUGCUAAGAUUAAGUUCAUGACAGAAUUUUCAUUUUUGGGUGAACUAGACAGGCAAAAAAUUUCACUAUAGUGAAUGGUCAGUAUCAACACAGGUUUAUUAUGUCUAAACUUUUUUUAUUAUUUUUAUUGGAUUUUUAUCUGAAGAGAGAAUGUAUGUUUUAUGAAUGUUCAUUUAAAAUUCUGUUUUCAUAGCUUUUUAUAUUCUCCUAUUUAAUAAAUAAAAAAAAGACAAAUGAC